GCAGCGGCCGCGAAGUUGGGGAGAGUCUAGCCUGGGCCUAGGCGCCGGGCCUAAGCCGGCAGCGCCAGGUGGGAAGUUAAGACUGUCGCUCGGCGCGGGGCGCCGCAAGGGCACCGCCUGCCCGGAAGCUACCGUGCCGGCCCGAUUUUCCGCGGCUCUAUGAGGAGUAGCGCUUCGGUAGCCGGGGAGCUGGAGGGGAAGCUGGUUUGAGAUCAAUUCUUGGAGAACACAAAGAAGUGUGGUGGUAUGUUCCAGGGUUGAACCAGCUGCCUUUUGACCCUGCCAACAACAACGAGCCCCUGCAGUUUGGUAGUGCCAGUGGCCCUCUGGUCACAGAAGGCCUCAUUGAGAAUGGAGGGGAGUCAAGCAAGAAAAGAAAGAGAACAAAUCCUCCUUCAGAAUUGACUAGAGAGCUAAGUACAGGACUACACGAUGUCAACAGUUUUUAAAUUGCUAUGGGCCUAUGAAAUAGGCAUUGCAGCUGAUAAUAGUAGAACUUUGAAUGUGGAUUCCACUGCAAUGACGCUACCUAUGUCCGAUCCAACUGCAUGGGCCACAGCAAUGAAUAAUCUUGGAAUGGCACCGCUGGGAAUUGCCGGACAACCAAUUUUACCUGACUUUGAUCCUGCUCUUGGAAUGAUGACUGGAAUUCCACCAAUAACUCCAAUGAUGCCUGGCCUGGGAAUAGUACCUCCUCCAAUUCCACCAGAUAUGCCAGUAGUAAAAGAGAUCAUACACUGUAAAAGCUGCACACUCUUCCCUCCAAAUCCAAAUCUUCCACCUCCUGCAACCCGAGAACGACCACCAGGAUGCAAAACAGUAUUUGUGGGCGGCCUGCCUGAAAAUGGGACAGAGCAGAUCAUCGUGGAAGUGUUCGAGCAGUGUGGAGAGAUCAUUGCUAUUCGAAAGAGCAAAAAAAACUUUUGUCACAUUCGCUUUGCUGAAGAGUACAUGGUGGACAAAGCCCUUUAUCUUUCUGGUUACCGCAUUCGCCUGGGCUCUAGCACUGACAAAAAGGACACAGGCCGGCUUCAUGUUGAUUUUGCACAGGCUCGAGAUGACCUGUAUGAGUGGGAAUGCAAACAGCGUAUGCUAGCAAGAGAGGAACGCCACCGUAGAAGGAUGGAAGAAGAAAGGUUACGCCCACCCUCCCCACCUCCAGUGGUCCACUAUUCAGACCAUGAAUGCAGCCUUGUUGCUGAAAAACUAAAAGAUGAUUCCAAAUUCUCAGAAGCCGUGCAGACCUUGCUUACGUGGAUUGAGCGAGGAGAGGUAAACCGUCGCAGUGCCAACAACUUCUACUCCAUGAUCCAGUCAGCCAACAGCCAUGUCCGCCGCCUGGUGAAUGAGAAAGCUGCCCAUGAGAAAGACAUGGAAGAAGCAAAGGAGAAGUUCAAGCAGGCCCUCUCUGGAAUUCUCAUUCAAUUUGAGCAGAUAGUAGCUGUGUACCAUUCUGCCUCCAAACAAAAGGCUUGGGACCACUUCACAAAAGCCCAGCGUAAAAACAUCAGCGUUUGGUGCAAACAAGCUGAGGAAAUUCGCAACAUACAUAAUGAUGAAUUAAUGGGAAUCAGGCGAGAAGAAGAAAUGGAAAUGUCUGAUGAUGAAAUAGAAGAAACAACAGAAACAAAAGAAACUGAGGAAUCAGCCUUAGUAUCACAGGCAGAAGCUCUGAAAGAAGAAAAUGACAGCCUCCGUUGGCAACUUGAUGCCUACCGGAAUGAGGUGGAACUGCUCAAGCAAGAACAAGGCAAAGCCCACAGAGAAGAUGACCCAAACAAGGAACAGCAACUGAAACUCCUGCAGCAAGCCCUGCAAGGAAUGCAGCAGCAUCUACUCAAAGUCCAAGAGGAAUACAAAAGGAAAGAAGCUGAACUUGAAAAAAUCAAAGAUGACAAGUUACAGGUGGAAAAAAUGUUGGAAAAUCUUAAAGAAAAGGAAAGCUGUGCCUCUAGACUGUGUGCAUCGAGCCAAGAUAGUGAUUACCCUCUGGAGAAGACCCUGAACAGCUGCCCUAUCAAAUCUGAACGCGAAGCACUGCUAGUGGGGAUUAUCUCCACAUUCCUUCAUGUCCACCCAUUUGGAGCAAGCAUUGAAUAUAUCUGCUCCUACUUGCACCGUCUUGAUAAUAAGAUCUGUACCAGUGAUGUGGAAUGUCUCAUGAGCCGACUCCAGCAUACCUUCAAGCAGGAAAUGACUGGAGUUGGAGCCAGUCUGGAGAAGAGAUGGAAAUUCUGUGGCUUUGAGGGCUUGAAACUGACCUGAAUCCCUUUGCCUAACAAUGUGGGAUCCUGAAAAUAAAUGUGUGUUGGACAAGCUUAGAAAGUGAUUUGUAUUUUCAAUGGUUUUCAAGUGAAAAUUGUUCUAAAGUUGUCAGUUCAUUCCUGGAAUAUCUUUUGAGUUAAAAUAAGGAUCCUAGAGCAUCACCUCGAGCUACAGGCCCUGUAAAGAAAUUGACUCAAACCUCAAGUGCUGUAACUUCCUCCCUUUCUGUCAAUUGGUUGUCUCUUUUUAUUAGUAGUAUUAAAAAAGGCCUGAGGCUGAAGAGUAUUUGAGGUGUUUUCAGUGUCUGUACUACUGUUGUAGAUUUUAGUAUUUUUUAAACUGUUAAACGAAAUGUUUUUGAUAAUUUGUAUGUGAUUUGUGUUUCAGAACUUCUCUUCACAUUAGGGUUGCUACUGGUGAGAGGAAUGACAGGAGCACUAGGGACUCCAUAACUGACAUUGUCUUUCCAAUCCCCAGUAGUCCAGUAAGUGUCUUCUAGAAGGUGCUUGACCAGGUUCACCUUUUAAAAGACAAAGCAUGGUUUGUGGCUUUUUGCAAAAUUACUGUGAACCAAAAGUUGACAAAUGUUUCAAAGUUAUUUUCUCUAAUGUAUCAGAUAAAAGGUUUAUUUCAGAAUUUUAAAAAAAACUAGAUGUAUUCACAGUAUGACUGGCAUGUGUAUGUGGUAUUCAGAAUCACCUUGUAAAUAGUCUGCUUUUAAAGGAGGGCGUGAUUAGUUUUCUAUGAAUUAAAACACACGUGUGUACUCAUGCACACAAACACACACACACAGAGAGACAUACAGACACACAUACACAUUAGCAGAAAUGAUUUAUUUUGAUAUGCUUUCCCCUCUGGUCUUCUUACAAAGUCUGGUGGUCCCUUUUUUUCUGCUGUCAGUGUUGAAUUGCAAACCAUGUACUGCUGUAAAUACUAUGUUUACUUCAUGCUGAAUGUUUGCAAAGAGUUGAUAUGAGUAUUAAUAGAAAAUUCCUGGUAAUGACUAAAUAGUGGGCUAGGGUGUGUGAUGCUUCACGCAGAUAGGUCGGGCCCACCUGGAGUGCUGAGUGCCAGGGACUCCUCCAGUUCUGCGGCACCCAUCAGCAGAUUACAAUGGCAGAGUGUGCGUGGACCAGUCAGGAAGUCCUGCUUGAUGGAAAGAAAGGGAAAGGAUGAGGACUGGGGGCUAAUAUCCUAAGGCACAGAUGGUCUUUUCUCCUGUGGUGUUGAUGGUGCUUGUAAUAACAUAAGCAUGCCCUCCCUUGAGUCUUGAUUGAAAAUAAGAGAAGGUACUAAGUAAGCAAAGCCAAUGAAGAGUAUUUCAGGAAAAUACUUUGUAAAUCAGAUGUCAGUAGUGUUCAAAGUUGUAUUUUUAAAAGAUAAAUAUUCCUUUUUUAUACCUCAGUUUGGUGUCCUGUUUUGAAUUGCUUGCUCUGUAAGUAAUCCUUUAAUAAAUCAUCUCAGUUUCUUCCUUUGAGUUACCAGAAUAUUGGAAGAAGACGCUAAACCUUCUGCUUUGACAGCUAGAAAUAGGAUUCCACAGCAGCCCAUUCAUGCUGAAAGCUGGCUUUCCCCAAGCACCCAGCUGUGGCACCAGCAGGAAGCGAGGGUUAUUUUUACACUAGCUUCCUCACUGAAGCAUCUCUGUCAUCAGCGCUACAGAAGGCUUUGAUUCAUCAGUCUCAGGGGUCCUGGAAUGCGUUGUUUUAAUAACAUCUACGAAAUCAGGGGAAAUUUGCCACUUAUCAAUUAUUUCUUAUUUAAAUAAGUUAAAUAAAAUGUAUUUAAAACAACAACUGCCACACCCAGCUCCCUUGCUCUCCUUCAUUUGAUCUACUUGUAGUACAAAUGCUCUCUUCUUCUUAUUCCUGCCAAUUUAUUCCAGGUGUACUUCUCCUAAGCCUUCCCGAAUAUACUAGUUGUAAUUUUGUGUGUCAAGUUGGCUACACUGUAGUGCCCAGUUGCUUGGUCGAGCACCAGUCUAGAUGUUGCUGUGAAAGUAUUUUUUGAGAUGUGAUUAAUAGUUAAACCAGUAGAUUUUGAGUAACAUAUCUUACCCUCCAUAAUGUGGGUGGGCCUCAUCCAAUCAGUUGUAAAAGACUGAAAUCCUCCAAGGAGAAAAGAAUUGUGCCUCUAGAUUGCUUUGGACUCAAAACUGCAGCAUUAACGCCCGCUAAUGCCUGCAAGAAUUUCCAGACUGCCAGCCAGCCCUACAAAGUAUCAAGCUUGCCAGCACCCACAAUUACAUCAGCCAAUUCCCUAAAAUAAAUAUAUAUAUAUGUGUAUAUAUAUAUACACACACACACAUACGUAUACAUAUGUGUAUACACAUACAGAUAUAUAUGUAUGUGUAUGUCUAUAUAUAUAUAUAUAUAUAUAGUGUGUGUGUGUACACACAUCCCAUUGAUUCUAUUUCUUUGGAAAAUCCUAAUGCACUAGUCCAGAGUUGUUAAAAGUGUGUGAAAAUAAGUAUGUUUGCAUUAUAUUACAUAAGCAAAUUGUAGCACAUACCAUCUCUCACAAACAUUUUUCAUUCACCAUAGAAAUCUAUUAAAGGAGCUAUGUUUUCUUUACAAAUGCUCAGUGCUAUUUAUUGUUCUGUUGUUCCUCCUGAAUUUUGAAAUUUUACUGUUUUGUUAUUUUUAGGAGAUACAGUAGUUAGAUUUUUUCCAGAUAAUAAUGAAUAGAAGCAUUCUUUUAUUUUACAAAUGGUUGUUUCAUCUCCCUUCCUAGUCCUGUGACAUUGCCAGUUCUGAUUUUUUAAUAUUACCAAGUGGCUUGUUAAAUGUCUUCAAUGCAAAUGGAAAAGUUAGUUUUCAGAGCCAAUUGGACACGUCUGUGUUCAAAUUAUACAGUUUCAUA